AUGGCUUCCUCUACUGAAUUCUCUGACAGGAAACCAUCGAAUCGGACGCUGGCAUAUCAAGACAAGCUACCCAAGCUACCGAUACCCGCCCUCGAAGACACUUGUAGUCGGUACCUCCGUGCACUUGAGGGCUUGCAGGAUGAGAAGGAGCACGAAAUCACUAAAGCAGCGGUCAAGGAAUUCCUGGAAACAGAUGGCCCCAAGCUGCAUGCUAUGUUGCAGGAAUACGCCAAAGACAAGGCGAGUUACAUCGAGGAAUUCUGGUACGAAUCAUACCUCUCGCACAGCGAUCCCGUUGUACUUGCCUUAAACCCUUUCUUCGUUCUCGAGAAUGACCCAACACCGGAUCGCGGUACCCAGCUUCCUCGAGCCGCAUCUCUCAUUGUUUCUUCUCUCGGUUUCAUCCAUGACCUGCGGGCAGGCAUUCUUGAACCAGACAACGUCCGCGGCAUCCCUCUCGAUAUGGACCAAUAUUCUCGCCUUUUUGGAACCUCCAGAAUACCCACAGAUGAAGAGUCACGGCUAAUAGUCUAUAUCCAAGAUUGGUUCGAUGUUCUCGACGAAGAUAAUCUACCAGUCUUGACGGAACGGGAAGUGUUGCGCAAUUUGCAGGCAAUUGUGUCCGACGCUGAUAAAACAGAUAAAUCGAAGGUAGCUAGAGGUGCUAUUGGAGUCCUAUCAACAGAAAAUCGGAAAGUGUGGUCUGGCCUACGCGGCAUGCUUGCAAAGGACAAGAACAACAAAUCAUGUCUUGAUAUCGUAGACAACGCACUCUUUGUUGUUUGCCUUGACGAUGCUGCCCCGGAAUCUCUGGCUGAUCUUUGCAGUAACUUCUUGUGCGGAACAUACAAUCUCCAAGAAGGAGAACAAGUAGGAACUUGCACUAAUCGCUGGUACGAUAAACUUCAAAUCAUCGUAUGUGCUGAUGGGGCAGCUGGAAUCAACUUCGAACAUACAGGAGUCGAUGGACACACUGUUUUGCGAUUUGCUGCUGACAUAUUCACCGAAGGACUUAUGCUUCUGGCCAGAUCCAUCAACCCAUCCGCUCCGACACUCUUCCACGCUCCACUUUCCCCGCGAGCAAGAGCAUAUAAACCCCCUCGUGGUGGUCAGAAAUCUCCUAUUCACACCGAGAAGAUUGACACGACGCCCAAGAAGCUUGAAUGGAACUUGACACCUGAGCUGCGUGCCGGUGUGCGAUAUGCAGAGACUCGGAUCAGCGAUCUGAUUUGCCAGAACGAUUGCCAGGCCCUCGAAUUCAAGGGAUACGGGAAGAACUUUAUCACUAGUCAUGGGUUGAGUCCCGAUGCCUUUGUCCAAAUGGCCUUCCAGGCGGCGUAUUUUGGGCUGUAUGGCCGAACGGAAUGUGUCUACGAGCCCGCGAUGACCAAAGCUUUCUUGCAUGGUCGUACGGAAGCCAUCCGCUCCGUCCAACCGGAGAGUGUACACUUUACGAAGACAUUCUAUUCUGAAGCUUCGCCAUCUCAAAAAGUGGCUGCGCUUCGCAAGGCGUGUGAUACCCAUGUCAAACUGACUAAAGCAUGCAGUCAAGGAUUGGGCCAGGACAGACACCUAUAUGCGAUUUACUGCCUCAUUCAACGACAACUGCAGAACAAGACGGAAUCAGAACCUAAUGGUAUUGUUCCUUCCUCGCCAUCUCCGCCCCCUUCGUACAAGAUCGACAAGAUGCCCGCCAUUUUUACCGAUCACGGAUGGGCACUCCUCGGGACGAGCAUCCUGUCAACAUCAAAUUGCGGUAACCCUGCCCUAAGGUUGUUCGGAUUCGGACCUGUAGCUGCUGAAGGUUAUGGAAUCGGGUACAUCAUCAAAGAGGAUGGCAUUUCCAUUUGCGCUUCAUCGAAACAUCUUCAGACUCGUCGGUUCUUGGAUACACUGCAGGGAUACCUCCUCGAGAUCCAGCGGCAGCUCAUUCAGCUGCAUAGGUCAGCCAAUCAGCGUCCUGCGCCGUUCGUCGACCAUCUAGGAAUUUUGCGUGAUUCGAAGACGGGUAGGCCUAUCCAUGGUGCCACGUCCGAUCCGGGGUCAUCUGAUGAGGAAGAAGUUGCCCUUCCUGGAUACUCGUUCUUUGAUAGUGGAGAGGUCGCACUUUUGGGGCGAAAGAAGAAGUCGCCGUUUUCCGAUAUCGGCAAAGUUAUACCACUGGCGGAGUACUGA